GUCAAAUUUCACAUGGUCAGAAAAAUUUGAAUGAUGGAAUAUAAAUAUUUUUAAACUAAAUUAAUAAUUCUGAACAGUUUCUAAAAUUAGUGAGAACCGGAGAACUAAUCCACUUAAAUGCAAUUAAAUUAUUUUCUUGAUCGGUUUAAAGUCAAACAAAUCACUCAAAUAGACUCAAAUUUUCUACAAUUAUUUGUAAACUGCCUAUACCUAUUUGUUUAUUUUUAUAUUUAGCUUGAAUCAUAGUUUAUAUUUAUUAUAAGACAGAAAUGGCAGAGACUCUAACUGUAGAAGUGAUGUUUGGGGGCGGAGCUGAAUUGCUUUUCAAUAAAGUAAAGAGGAAAGAAAUUACACUGCCGUCAUUGAAGACCUUUUUACCGGAUUCUCAAAAUCUGAAUUGGACGUUAAAAGAGCUGUUGAUUUGGUUAAAGGACAACCUGCUGGUGGAAAGAGAAGAGUUGUUCUUGAAGGAUGAUUCUGUCCGACCCGGUAUACUGGUGUUGAUUAAUGAAGAAGACUGGGAGCUCCACGGACAGUUAAAUUAUGAACUCAAAGAAAAUGAUAAAAUCAUGUUCAUAUCGACGUUGCAUGGCGGUUAAAUUUGAUAACAAUGAAUUAAUUAAAACUAUUUUUACUGUUUA